UCCGCCUCCUCCUUCCACCUCGCCUGCUCGGCGGCGGAGGCGGCGUUGGCGGCAGCGGGUGUCCCUGCCUCUCCGCCACCUCCACCUCGGCCUUACCCCAGGCCGGCGGCGUUGGCGGGGAGGGGGACAGUAGUUGUAGACGCCCGCCCCUGCCUCAAAGAAGCUCCCCAGUUGUUGCACAGUCUCACUAUUUGGGUAAAGUCUGUGCUAAGAAACUGAAGCAAUUAACGGGUGAAUAUGAUCAGAUUUCUUCACCAAGUUCUCAGCCUGAUAAGGAGAAUCCCUUGUUGUCAGCCUAAUGAAGCAUUCAAAGACAUACGACUCUUUUCAAGAUGAACUUGAAGAUUAUAUCAAAGUGCAAAAAGCCAGAGGCUUAGAACCAAAGACUUGUUUCAGACAAAUGAGAGAGGACUAUUUGGAAACCUGGAGGUACAAAGAAGAAUUUGAUUCCAGACCCAGGUAUAGAAUGUUUGAUCAAAGAUUCCCAACUGAAACCAUCCAGACCUACUCAAGAACAUGCAAUAUUUCACAAGCAGUGGAAAACCAGUUCCCUCAGUGGCUACCAGCUCAUUACAAUAGGCAAAGACAAGACUCCCUGAGCUACUGUCAAUUCACCAGGGAUCGUUUCUCAGAAAAACCAGUACCCCUGAACCUUAGUCAGCAAGAGUAUAAUUAUAGCUCAUACAGUGUAGAGCCUGGAGUUUAUAAGCACCUCUCCUCAGAAAACACCACCAGUGCCCAUCCAGCCGCUCAUAAACAGAUACAUCGGAAGAGAAAAAGGCACGUAGAAGAAGGCAGAGAAAAAACAGAGGAGAAGAGGCCCAAGCAUAAGAGGAAAAAAGGUUGGGAUAAAACAGAUUUAGACAAGAGCCUCCAAAGAAACAAAACAGAGGUAGAAACAGUCAGGAUCAGUACAAAAAAGCUUAAGAAUCAAAAGGAGAAAAAAAGCCGAGAUGUCACCUCUAAGAAAGAGGAACAUAAGGGUAGAAAAGAAAAAAAGGAGCAAGGCAAAGAAAGGACAGAGGAGGAAAUGCUUUGGGACCAGUCUAUCCUUGGAUUUUGAAGCUCUUGAGUUGAUUCUCCUGAGGAUAAAUUGAAAAAAUAGUUGAGGAGAAGCUUGGUUUUAUGAUGUCCAUGUUCAUACCACUUUUCUCGUGUAAACAGGCACUUUAGCUUGUAGCGAAGGCCAAGGGAACAGAAAGUAUUUAUUUAGUAUGCUUGAUCUCCAACAUGGAAAUUACUUUGCCUCAUUUUCUAAAAGUAUUAUUGCAUUUUUUAUGUAAAAUGUAAUUUCCUUUAA